UGAUGUGCCAUUUGACAAGCUUGACGUUUUCUUCGAUCAUUAUUCACCAUUACGUAAAUCGGCGAGCGAAAAUUUUUAGCAAGUAGAAGAUAUUUAAUAAAAUGUUGAAAGCUGGAACUACUUUUAAAUUACUCUCAAAACAGAGUAACAAUGUGCGACUCCUGGCUACUGCCGUCGGCUAUAAACAAGCAUUAGUUAACAUCCCUCCGACAAGGCUGACAGUCCUCGAUAAUGGGAUCCGUGUCGCCUCUGAAGAUUCCGGGUCUCCGACUGCAACCGUAGGCCUGUGGAUUGACGCCGGGUCAAGGUAUGAAACUUCAAAAAAUAAUGGUGUUGCCCAUUUCCUUGAACACAUGGCUUUUAAAGGCACUAGCAAAAGAUCACAAACUGACUUAGAAUUGCUAGUCGAGAACAUGGGAGCACAUCUGAACGCAUACACCUCACGAGAACAGACUGUCUUUUACGCAAAAUGUCUUGCAAAUGAUAUACCAGUCGCAGUUGAAAUCCUUGCUGACAUAAUUCAGAAUUCUUCGCUCGCCGAACCCGAAAUCGAACGAGAACGCGGCGUUAUUCUCCGUGAAAUGCAAGAUGUGGAAAGCAACUUGCAAGAGGUUGUGUUUGAUCACUUGCACGCCACAGCCUUUCAAGGUACACCUUUAGGGCAGACUAUUCUCGGACCCACCAAAAACAUCAAGAAAAUCUCUAAAGCUGACCUACAGCAAUAUAUCAAGACUCACUAUCAACCUACUCGUAUUGUGCUUUCUGGGGCUGGUGGAGUUGAGCAUGAGAGGCUUGUAGAUCUUGCAUCCAAGCAUUUUAGUGGAUUAAAGAAUACUGCUCUGGACUUACCCGACCUGGCUCCAUGCCGUUACACUGGAUCUGAAAUCAGAGUGCGUGAUGACUCUAUGCCUCUUGCACAUGUGGCCAUUGCAGUGGAAGGUGCAGGGUGGACUGAUGCUGACAACAUUCCUCUUAUGGUGGCCAACACUCUUAUUGGAGCCUGGGACCGAUCCCAAGGUGGUGGUGCCAACAAUGCAUCAUACUUGGCUCGGGCAGCAUCAUGUGAAAACCUUUGCCACAGUUUCCAAUCUUUUAAUACAUGUUACAAAGAUACCGGCCUCUGGGGUAUUUACUUUGUAGGUGAACCAUUACAAUUGGAAGAUAUGUUGUACAAUAUUCAGAAGGAAUGGAUGAAGCUGUGUAUGUCAGUUACAGAAGGUGAGGUUGAAAGAGCUAAGAACCUUUUGAAGACAAACAUGCUACUUCAACUUGAUGGCACCACCCCUGUGUGUGAAGACAUUGGCCGUCAGAUGCUGUGCUACAACCGACGUAUUCCAGUUCACGAAUUAGAUGCCCGAAUUGAAGCUGUCUCCGUAGAAAAUAUCCGUGAUGUUUGCACUAAAUAUCUUUAUGAUCGCUGCCCUGUAGUGGCCGCAGUCGGUCCCACAGAGGGUCUGCCAGACUACACAAGGAUUCGUGCUGGCAUGUACUGGCUGAGGGCGUAAAUUAAAAAUGUAGCAUACUUUAGCAAUGUCAUAUAAAAUCAAGAUUAUAAAAAUUAAAUUACUGACCCAAAU